AUGUCGUCUUCUAACUCCCGCGAUCAAAAAGAGCCUGUCGACGAAGAGCUCGAGGAGGAUAUGCUCGCCGCCGAGGAUGCCGCCGAGGAAAUUGUCGACGAUGAGGAUCUGGCUAUGGACUCCGACAAUGAGGAGAUUCUGCUCCAAAAUGACUCCAUCGGCUACUUCGACGAACCCAAAGACUCCCUCUUCACCAUCGCCCAGCAUCCCAAGUACCCUUCCAUCAUCGCGGUUGGCGGUUCAGCUGGCCAGGAAGAUGAUGCUCCCGGUGCAGGUUGGGUCUUCAACACAGCCUCUGCUCAAUCGCGACCUCCGCUUCCUGCUAGUUUCUCGAGCGAUCCCGCCGCAGACGCCCUGAAGAGCACCCAGCUUCCCUCUCUAUUUAGCCUAGAUGGCCACACAGACUCGAUCAACACACUUGCGUGGACUCUGCCUCAAGGAGAUGCCCUCGUCAGCGGUGGACUUGACGGGAGGUUGCGCGCUUGGAAGGCAACCAUCUCGAACGAUGGUUCUGUCAAGAUGGACUUCCUUGGUGAAGCACAGGAAGUGCCUGAGAUUAACUGGAUUGUGCCAUGCCCAUCUUCCACCAAUCCCAACACCAUUGCCCUGGGCGCUUCCGACGGUUCGGUUUGGGUCUACACAGUCGAUCCCACAGAUAAAGCCAACUCUCUUCAGAUCGUUCAGUCCUAUUUCCUACAUACUGGUGCCUGUACCGCCGGUGCUUGGACGCCUGAUGGCCUUCUGUUGGCCACCAUCUCUGAGGAUGGAAGCUUGUACGUCUGGGAUGUCUGGGGUGAGGCUACUGCCAAGAACCUCGUUGGUGAUAACGGUAUGACUGCGGUGGCUUUGACUGCAGAUGAUCAGCGGUUCGAGGUUGAGGGUGGUCUCUACUCGCUUGCAAUUGACCCCAAGGGCGCUUUCGUUGCUGUCGGUGGUGCCACUGGCGCCAUCAAGAUUGUCUCUCUUCCACGACUUGCAUCUUCCGGACCUCAGCCCCAGGCUCGUGCCCGAGCUGGAGGCAAAACUACUGGCCAGUCAACGGCGACAGCUGGCGGCCAAAUUCUCGCCGCGCUGCAUACCCAAUCCGAGAGUAUCGAGUCGCUUGCUCUCGUCACAACGCCUAACACACCUCCUUCCACCCUUCUCGCAGCCGGCUCUGUGGACGGCUCUAUUGUCGUUUACGAUGCCACCCGCCGCUUCGCCGUCCGACGACACAUCUCUGGCGCCCAUGAGGAACAUGCCAUUGUGAAGCUCGAGUUCAUCCCCAACUCAUGGCAACUGACCAGCUGCGGCAUGGACGGUGCCGUCCGCCGUUGGGACCUCCGAGGUGCUGGUGCCACGAACCCUAACGCUCCCGCAACAGCAGCCGAGGCUGGUCUGCAAAAGGAAUGGAAGGGCCACCGUGGUGAUGGAGAAGGUGGCGGUGUCUUGGGCUUUGUUCAAGGCGAGACAGGAGAGAGGAUCGUCACUGCUGGUGACGACGGUGUUGCUCUAGUCUUUGAAGCAUAG